AUGUACCUUGAAUUUGAUGAAGACUUUUACCAGAUUUAGAAUUAUGUCAAAUAAGUGAACUCAAAUCUUGUAGUGCUUCCUUAAUAGAACGUGGAAUCUGAGAUCGAGCUUUUCGAAAAAAUGAUUCUGCAAAUUAAAAUAUAUGGUUCAAAAAUUAUAGAGUUGUAUCAAUCACUAGACGAAAUAUGUCCAACUGAUAGAUAAAUAGAAGCCUUCAUCCCUUAGGCCAAGUUAGAAUAGAUUGAUUAUGAUCAAGUCUGGUUGGCUCUUAAUAAAGGGUUUGUGAAUGACACUUAUAAAGCAAUGGAUUUAAUGUAGCAAUUAGAUUAUUCGAUCAAAAUGAACUAAAGUUAAUAGCCAAAAUUUAUAGAGUUCUUAUAAAUAACAUGUAGAUGCAAGGAUAGAGAAUUGGAGAAAUUAAGUCAACUAUUCCCAAAUCAAUAUCCAGAAUCGUAUUUCAAAUAGAUCGAACAUCUGACUGAGAUGCUUCAUUAAUACAGUCAGAUGGUGCCUUUGUUGGUAUCUGAAAACGAACAUUUGAGAUAGGAAAUCGAAAUUACAAAAAGCAAUGAAAAUGAUGGAUAAAGCAAUGAAAUCAGUUAAUUACGAUAGCAUUUACAGAACAUAGAAAAGCAAUUGACCGAGACUUAAUCUUAGAAUGAAUACUAUUAAUAAAUGAUAAAGGCUGAGGAACAAGUAAGAUAGAAUAAAACUCAAUUAUAAAUGUUAUAAAUUGAUAAUUAAGAUUUAAUGUUCAAGAAUAAUACACUACAUGAGGAGAUCAAGAAUUAUUAGGAGUAAAUUAAGACUCAAAAUGAAAGUUUUGAUCGCAUGCAGACAGAAUAUAAAAAGAUUAUUCAGAAGAAAAAUCUAUAAAUUCAGGAAUUGGAGGAGAAAAACAAUCUGGAUCUAACAAUUAAAAAUAAUAACUAAGUUGAUAUAGAUUUAAUUCAACAAAAAAUUCAGUAAUUUAAAUAACUGUAUGAAUAAAAAAUAAAGCAUCUGAAUGGAACAAUUACUCAUUUGGAAUAGGAGAAUUUUAAAUUGAAGGAUUUGGUUAGAUCAUCGGCUUUGGAAGUGGACAGCUUGAGAUUACAGAUAGAGAAGAUCAUAUAAAGCAAUAAUAAGAAGACCUUAAAAUUGCCUAAGAAGGCCCAAUAGGAUUACGUUUAGUUAUAUCAAAAGUAUUAGGAGGUGGUGGAGAAGAAUGAACAAUUGAGUCAGCAAUUAUAUAGUCAAAUAUUAGAUGGCAGCGUAUUGUCCCAUAUUUGA